AAGGGAUGGAUAGUAACAUCCACCUGAGUAGUUUGAUAAGUCGCCAUGAUGAUGAAGCCACAAGAACAUCUACCUCAGAAGGACUGGAGGAGGGUGAAGUAGAGGGGGAAACUCUCCUGAUUGUUGAAUCAGAGGACCAGGCAUCAGUAGACUUGUCUCAUGAUCAGAGUGGGGAUUCCCUCAACAGUGAUGAAGGAGAUGUAUCCUGGAUGGAGGAGCAGCUGUCCUACUUCUGUGACAAAUGCCAAAAAUGGAUACCAGCCAGUCAGCUGAGGGAACAGCUCAGUUACCUUAAGGGUGAUAAUUUUUUUAGGUUUACUUGUUCGGAUUGCUCAGAAGAUGGCAAAGAGCAGUAUGAAAGGCUGAAGCUAACAUGGCAGCAAGUUGUCAUGUUGGCAAUGUACAACUUGUCUCUGGAAGGAAGUGGACGUCAAGGUUAUUUCAGGUGGAAAGAGGAUAUCUGCGCUUUUAUUGAGAAACAUUGGACUUUUUUACUAGGGAAUAGGAAAAAGACUUCGACCUGGUGGAGCACAGUAGCAGGUUGCCUCAGUGUGGGAAGUCCUAUGUAUUUCCGUUCAGGUGCUCAAGAAUUUGGAGAACCAGGAUGGUGGAAACUUGUUCACAACAAGCCCCCAACAAUGAAACCUGAAGGAGAGAAGUUGUCUGCCUCUACCUUGAAAGUAAAAGCAGCCUCAAAACCAAUUUUAGAUCCCAUCAUUACUGUUGAGGGCCUUAGAAAACGUGCGAGUCGCAAUCCUGUGGAAUCGGCCAUGGAAUUAAAAGAGAAAAGAUCUCGUACUCAGGAAGCAAAAGACAUUAGAAGAGCACAGAAGGAAGCAGCUGGCUUUCUUGACAGGAGCACUUCUUCAACCCCAGUAAAAUUCAUAAGCCGAGGCCGCCGGCCUGAUGUAAUUCUAGAAAAAGGAGAAGUGAUUGACUUUUCAUCCUUGAGCUCCUCUGACCGCACUCCGCUGACAAGUCCAUCUCCUUCUCCUUCUCUGGAUUUCUCUGCCCCUGGGACUCCUGCCUCUCACUCAGCCACACCUAGCUUGCUUUCGGAAGCAGAUCUGAUUCCAGAUGUGAUGCCACCACAAGCCUUAUUUCAUGAUGAUGAUGAGAUGGAAGGUGAUGGAGUCAUAGAUCCAGGGAUGGAGUAUGUCCCACCCCCUGCUGGGUCAACAGCUUCUGGGACAGUGGUUGGGGGCAGAAAGAAGGUCAGAGCACCCGAGCAGAUAAAGCAGGAAGUAGAGAGUGAGGAGGAAAAACCCGACAGGAUGGACAUUGACAGUGAAGACACAGAUUCCAACACAUCUUUGCAAACAAGGGCUCGAGAAAAGAGGAAGCCACAGCUGGAGAAGGACAGGAAACCUAAAGGGUCCAAAUACACCUCUGUGAGCAUCUAUGAGGAGAAAUUGCUUCUGAAGAGGCUGGAAGCUUGUCCCAGUGCUGUUGCUAUGACACCAGAAGCUCGGAGGCUGAAGCGUAAAUUGAUUAUCAGACAAGCAAAAAGGGAGAGGGGCUUACCACUUUUUGACUUGGAUCAAGUAGUUAAUGCUGCUCUUCUGUUAGUUGAUGGAAUUUAUGGAGUCAAAGAAGGAGGAGUUUCCAGUCUUCCGGCAGCCCAAGCCACAUACAGAACCACCUGUCAGGACUUCAGAAUCCUUGACCGAUACCAGACUGCCUUGCCGUCCAGGAAAGGAUUUCGGCACCAAACCACCAAGUUUUUAUAUCGUUUGGUGGGAUCAGAAGAUUUGGUUGUGGACCAGAGCAUUGUGAGCCCUUAUACUUCUCGGAUCUUGAAACCAUAUAUCAGGCGUGAUUAUGAAACAAAGCCACCCAAACUGCAACUCCUGUCACAGAUUCGUUCUCAUCUGCACAGAAGUGACUCUCACUGGACUCCAGAGCCUGAUGCACCUCUCGAUUACUGCUAUGUCCGGCCAAAUCACAUCCCAACGAUAAACUCUAUGUGUCAGGAGUUUUUCUGGCCUGGCAUUGACCUGUCUGAGUGCUUGCAGUACCCAGACUUCAGUGUUGUUGUCCUGUAUAAAAAAGUCAUCAUUGCUUUUGGCUUCAUGGUUCCCGACGUGAAGUACAAUGAAGCUUACAUUUCAUUUCUGUUUGUCCAUCCUGAAUGGAGAAGAGCAGGGAUUGCAACUUUCAUGAUUUAUCAUCUCAUUCAGACCUGUAUGGGCAAGGAUGUAACCCUUCAUGUCUCAGCGAGCAACCCCGCUAUGCUGCUGUACCAGAAGUUUGGAUUCAAGACUGAGGAAUAUGUUUUAGAUUUUUAUGAUAAGUAUUACCCCUUGGAGAGCACAGAGUGUAAACAUGCGUUCUUCCUGAGGCUCCGACGCUGAUGUGACUUGAAUAUAGCUCUUCACAGAGAAACACAUAUGCUAUUAGAGAUGGGUCUUCACAUAAACCUUAUUCAUUUCACUGUGAGUUCUAAUCUCUAUGAUUAGACAUUCAUUCAAAUUCUCAGCUGAGCUGAGAAAAGAGGUGGGCGAUGGAAUGAGUAGUGAGCAGCCUAUCAGCAAAAUUGCUGUCCAGUCAGUCCUUUCUGGAGAGGCUGUCAACCCACAUCUUGGGACUUCAGACUCCAAAGUUAACUGACACUGAAAGAUGCUGCUGUCCUUCCACUGGACAGUUUAUAGAAUGAGUAUCAAACUCAUAUUUUUAGUCCAUCCUAAUUUAAAGGAUGAGCAAAUGUGAUUGCUGUAAAGAUUCAUGCAGUGCCUAAGAGGCACUAUCCUGUCCUAGAAUGAUGAGGAUUAUGAGAUGGUUACGUAAAGGAAUGCCAACCUUUUACCCAGCCUUGAUGUGUUGUCAGUGAACCUGCAGGACUUCUAAGUCAGUGAGGUUCUAUUGUCUUUCUCUGACUUUGGUCACAGUCAAAAUAAACUAAAUGUUGUGUCUACA